UCUGUAACGAGCGAUGGAGACAAUAGCACAACCCAAGUCGGGAUGGGAGGGCAAGGUGACGGCCAGAAUCCGCGCCGCGACGCCCGAGCAGGCCUGGUCCCUCCUCAAGGGCUUCUGCAGCCUCCACCGGUGGGUUCCCUCCGUCCGCACCUGCCACAAGCUGGAGGGCGUCGACGGCCAGCCCGGCUGCGUGCGCUACUGCGGCGGACCCCUCAACCGCUCCGACCCCACCCAGCCCACGGGGUGGUCCAAGGAGCGGCUCCUUGCCAUGGACCCCGCCGGCCGCUCCUACACCUACGAGAUCGUGGAGACCAACAAGGGCUUCGCCUGGUACCGCGCCACGUUCGCGGUCGCCCCCGACCCGGGCUGCGCCGCCGAGGGGUGCUGCCUCGUGUGGUCCUUCGCCGCGGACCCGGUGAAAGGAUGGACCCAGCAAGAGUUCGUCGCGUAUCUGGAAAAGCUGGCGCAGGGCGUGGCCGAGAGGGUGGAGGCAGAGAUCGGUCUCGGCGUCGCCUCCGCCGAAGGAUGAUAGCCUUCUUCUGGUAACCAACUACAAGUAAUAUCUGAACAGUUGCUAUCACUGUGUCUUGGGAAAGAGGAAAGCCUCCUUUGAUGGGAGGCCGUGUAGGACUUGAUCGCUGCAACUUCUAUCGGUGAUGUGGUCUUAUGGAAGCCUGACGUAAGCAAGGCACGGUCAGGGUUAAGCGUAACGGUAUGCAUGUAAAUCUUUUAUGUAUCAUGCGGAUAACCUCUUUUACCGUC